AUGAAUGACCAAGAGAUUAUGGCCCUUCCUCCUGAGGAGAGGCUAAAACUGUAUGUGGAGCAGCUUCAAGAAUCCCGCAGAAAACACCAGCAGGAAAAAGAAGAAGCCAAAGCUAAGAAAAUUGAAGAAAAAAAGCGUGAGAAAUUCUUAAAAAAGCAAAAGGAGGACAAGUUCACGAUAAAUCCAAAGUCAAGGCCUGUUUUUAAGCUCGGAGAGCGAUGUACCCCAGAAGCAUUUGACAAUAAAACUGCGACUUAUUUACCUAGAUCUGAUUUGACUGCAACUGAGCUUUAUCAUACAGCUCAUUUUAUUCCAAGGUCUUAUAAAUAUCCUGAAGUCCCAUUCAGAUUGACAUGCAACAAUGGUGACGAGUUCGGACACCCGAAAUCAAGCUUACUUACUAAUUCAGGGAAACAGUUGGUUCAGACUAAUAUUGCGAAGUUUGAAAAAGAAGUUGAACAUCGUCGUGAAGAAGAAAUGAAACCAAAAAUAGUUCAUUUUGGACCAAGAUGGGAGCCAAGUAAAACUCAUGGAGGCAGUUUUAGCGUUCCCCCAACAGAUGAUUAUCAUCUUUAUGCCCAAAACAUAAAGCCUAAAUAUUUUCAAAGCAAGCCAAUGCUCCGAACAUCUCGAUACGGUGGUCUUUUUUCAUAUCCUUAA